UGUAGACCUGACAGAGUUCAGUAGAGCUUCGGUGUGACUGUGAAGAUGUGUGAGCGGAUGUGCUGGGUUGAAGAUGGGAAGAGUGAAUUUGUAAAGUUGCUGUCGUUGAGGCUAAAGAACACGUCUGGACUAAACGGACAGACUUAAACUUCACAAUAUGAAGACGCGAACGCGUCAUGGGAUCAUAUUGAUUGGUGUUGUGAGCGUGCUUACAAGCUUAUUGUUCCUGUACAACAGUAGUUUUACCGACACACCAGAAGACCAGAUGCAGUCAGAUGGACACCAGAUUGAUGUUCGACAACAGCAAACAUCCCACUUAGAAGGUUACAGCAGCAUCAUUGAUCAUAAGCCUCUUAGGAUGCGUUGCAAAAGUUGUGCCUUAGUGACCAGCUCUGGUCACAUGACCGGAAGUGGUCGAGGUGUGGAGAUUGAUAGCAGGGAGUGCGUCAUCCGUAUGAACGAUGCCCCAACACGAGGCUACAAGAGUGACGUGGGCCGGCGAACCAGUCUGCGUGUGGUCGCACAUUCCAGCAUGCAACGUGUGCUGCGAAACCGACACGAGCUACUCGACUCCAGCCAGAACACCUUCUUUAUCUUCUGGGGGCCAGGAAACUACAUGCGACAAGACGGUAAAGGCCUUGUCUACAACAACCUGCGUCUGUUGAAGCAGAUGAUGCCUAAACUACAGGUGUACGUCAUCUCAGGGUUAAAGAUGCUGCAUUUUGAUGAGCUCUUUAAGAAGGAGACAGGGAAAGAUAGAAAAAGAUCCAAUUCAUGGCUCAGCACGGGUUGGUUUACCAUGGCAAUCGCUAUGGAGAUUUGUGACAGAAUUGAUGUCUAUGGCAUGAUUCCUCCUGACUUCUGCAAGUCUCCCAGCCCUGAGCCCUCAGUGCCAUAUCACUACUAUGAGCCUGCGGGGCUGGAUGAAUGCAAAAUGUAUCUCUCCCACGAGCAGGGCCGGCAUGGCAGCCAUCAUCGUUUCAUUACAGAGAAACAUGUCUUUGCCAACUGGGCACGUAUGUUCAACAUACACUUCUAUCAACCUGACUGGAGACCAGCACUUGUUACAAAGAACAGCACAGACUCCUGAGGUUCAAACUUUGGGAUGUUACCUGACUCAGAACUCAAUGUCCUUUUGAGGACAAACGAACAUUUUAACGGGAACACAUUAUGAAUUAAAGUUUAUGAUGAUGUUCUUUCUAGUGGCUUGAAACAGCAAGAACAGCAUUCUACAACUUUCCAAAAUCUUUACAUGGAGAGUGUCAAACACGUUAUGUUACAAAUUUUCUUCUCUCAGUUUUAUUUAAAGAGAACUAUUUGCAAUUUGUGCAUUUUAUUUUUCAAAUUACACUUUUAUAAUAGGGCCUCAUUAGAUUUGUCCUAAGUAUGUGUAAAAAGAUGUUUAUCUUUUAAAUUAAGCUGUAAAUAUAGCUAUAUGCUAGUACUGUAAAGUUCUCAGUAGUUCUAGUCUUUACUCUAAAUCAGAGGUUUCCAGACCAUUUCAAUAAUUUAUUUGUGAAUCAAACACUGUUUGUUGUCCACUGCUAUGGUCUAAGAUACACUUGUGGUGCGCCAUGUGAAACAAAUAUAUACAAGUUAUGUCCACCAACAAACUUUUUAAUUACAGAACAAAUAUUUUUCAUAUCUGACCUAGUAUGAUGCUUCACCAUUCUCACACUUUACCUGACCCACUUCUUUCCACUAUUUGAAAAAAUGCUGCAAUGUUCAAUGAUGGCGUAGAAAAACCUUCUGAAUAUUAAAUUAUAUCAUAGACGUACUGUAUGAAGCACUUAAAAGGGCAUGGGAAUGGAAAAAAUAGAUGUUCACUUGCAAAAGUUGUGUUAGUAAAAUUUUUAAGAUCAGAUUCCCUGCAAAUCCCAGCUAAGGGUAUAUAACUAGAGAAAAUUAGAGUUCAGUUUUACAAUUAAAGUGAUAUAUUGUAGUAAAUUCAAAUUAUUCAAUAACAAAUACCAGUUUACAAUAUCAAGCAGCAUAGUGAACUGUUUUUGUACAGAUAAAAUAACUUAAAGUAGAUGUUAGACAUUCAAGUUACAAGGCCGCCAUUGCUUUUACAUAAAAAAUAAGGAACAUACAGAUCUUAAAAGUAUAUCUUUCUAAUUGUAUUAACUCUUAUAAGUCACAAAAUGUUUCACAAACCAUUUAUACUGAAGGAUCCCACCAUAUUUUUACUUUCUGAACAUCAGGCACAAUGCUGAAACAUUCCCACAUACCUAACUGCCAACUCAGACCAUGACAGCAUGACCUUUAGAGAGAGAGAGAGCUGUCUUUGUUUUUCUGCAAUUCCACACGCCUCUUCCUUCAAUUUCCAUUACUAAGUUUGUGUGAGAGCAUAUCGACUUGCUGCCUGCAACAGCGCUGUUCAUUUUAACUUUACAGCCAGAGGUUGGGACCAGUGUGGAAUGUUAAUGCUGUGUGACAUUCUUUGUUCUUGCUCAUGCUUAUGGGAGCUGCUCUGGUCUAAUAGGAUAUCAUCAUAGACUGUAGAAAAACAGUUUAUCAUGUUAUGAGUUCUGCUUAUUCUCAAGUGGCCGGGGAAUGUGCCUAGCACUACAACAAUGGUCCCUCAGGAAGUCUAGGGAUAUUAGAGGGCGAUUGGAAAUGAGACUGGCCUUUGAUUCAGCUCUGAUGGCUGAUGCUGUAUUCAGUCACUCGAGGCAACACCGUGAUAAUGGAAGACCUUGGAUCAGACAGGAGGCCUGAAUAAAAUAAAUGUGUGAUUGUCGUUUUGUUUCAAAUAUAAAACCGGCCAAGUUUACUAAUAAAUGUCCUCUGUUUUACACAAUAUCUCAAUACGUAAAGUAUGCCGUAUAAUGUUUCAACAAAACAUUACCACGGCUAAAAUCAGUAUGUCAUAAGUAUUUGAGUAAAUUUCUGAUAUUUCUUGAAUAAAUUGUUGACUCAAGGUCACUUCUGCCAUCUACUGGCACUGUUACUCCACCUUCCUUAUUCAAUUCUAGUUGUAACACAUUUCUUGUCUAUUAGGGCUGCAGUAACUUACAGCAGUUUCAUUGCUGUUAUAUGGACUGUAAUAAUUUGAUAUUUACACGUCACUAAUGCAUUUAAAUGCCACAUAUUUUGUUGUACCAUCAUAAUUAUUUUUGUACAGGAAAUAUUAUAAGGGUUCGCGGUUGAGAAACUACCUAUGACUGUAAUCUUAUUUACACUCUCUAUUUUUUUUAAUGAUUUUUAAAUUAUGUGUCUUCUUGUUGUUCUUAUUUUAUGCAUACAAACUUAUAUGAUAGCCAGAUAAAUGUUCAUUCAGAGUCCUAGUAUAACUGGUUGAAAUAUGCAUAAGUAAAAUAAGGGUACGAUAAAUAAUUUAGUGAAUAAAAAGUAAAUAAAUCAUUGUCGUUCAAUGAGAGUAAACAAACGAACAACAAAAAACUUAUAAAUCGCAAUAAACUCACUUAAUUGGUUGCCUUGCGGAAGUGCGUCACAUUGUUUACAACUCAAACGGAUACGGUUUAUAUAUGUAGGCGACAGCGUAGGAAGCCACAAAUUCAUCAGCGUGAUAAAGAGAUUUAUAAUCACAGUCACAGUGUAUGGUUUACCUGCUUAUGUUUUGUAUUAAUUCGUCGCGUGAGCAGCAACAAGGUUCAUAGAUUUAAUUUUCAGUUUCAUAGACAAGUAUUUCAUACAGAAACUGAGGCGCUGUCGUUCAGUUAGGUUAUGACAAUGUUGAGCAGUAAAUCCAAUGACGAGAUUAAAUGGUUGCUGGAUGAUUACGGAAUAAAACACGGUCCUGUGGUCGAUUCCACUAGAGCCCUUUAUGAGAAGAAGCUGAGAGAAGCCAUGUCUAAGCACAGAAGAUCCCAAGCUCAAUCCGACAGGACAUAUUACAGUGAAGAGGAAGACGUCACUUAUGUUCAGCAUCACAGACCUCAACUAUAUGAUGAUGUGAGCAACAGAACGUGGUCUGAUUAUAGAGGGGUGGCCUACACAGAUGAGCCUGCUAUAUAUAGGACUCAAGCUCCUUACCGUAAUAUGUCACAAGCAAGAAACCUGCCGCCAGAGCCUCAUAUCCAGAAAACACCUGAGAAGAGUUCAACGCGCCUGGUCCCAGUCUGGCUACAGAUAUUAGUGUUUCUCAUCGUAUCUGGUCUUCUGUACUUGGUUUAUAUAAAUAUUGAAUCAGCAGAGCCUGUGAAAAGACUGACAUAGCUCUUCCUUUAGUGAUUAAACUGAAUGUUACAUUUCUAAAACAAGCAAAUAUUCAGCACAAUAGAUGUGAUUUUUACAUAUCGCAGUGUAUUUUAACUUCUUGAAUCUUGGGUUAUUUUGUGUGUGAUGUUUUAUCAAAGUAAUAGCCCAAGACUAACUCUUCUGUGAAUAUAAAGGAAGUGGGUGCUACAGGAUGCACCUGCUGGAAGAUUAUUUUUAAGAUCAAGAUACAACAAUUGUCCAUUGUUAUGCUGCAGUACAUUUUACAGUGCUGUAUUUUUAGUAAUUUCUUGAGCUCAUAAAAGUUUGAUAUUACAACUUCCACUACCUACUAGAAAACUUUCAAGCCUUUUUGUAUGAAUUAUAUAAGCAUAUUUUAAAGGUUACAGUUACUGAAUUUGGUCCCUUUCAUCAUUUUACAGUAGGUAAUGAUAUCUCCAUUUGUCUGGAAGUAUCGCUCUUGGAUUUGGGUCAUCCUCAGAAUUAUGUUUGGAUAUUCUGGAGCCAGAUUAUAUGAAUGUCAGAAUCAAUUGUUUCUGGCGUUUUGUGAUUUAAAAAAAACUAUUUAGGUAUACCUGAAAAUGUCUUUUUUAAUAACAAUCAGUAAAAACACCAUAUGCAUGUUAAAAUUGUGAUUUUUGUUUUAAAUGGCAAAAUAAAAGUCUACAAAUUUUAUUCCAUGUAACAAAAACUGCAGUAAACACCCAUUAAUUCUCCA